AUUUACCCUCGCGCGAUUUACUGGAUUGGAUACGAUGGCGGCGCCCCACCCGUACGAGUGUGAGAUCGUCCUGGACUUUGCCUCGGCGGAGGCUGCCACGUAUGCCUACGAGACGCUCAAUGUCGACGACGAGAUCUCGCCUGAGAAGAUCACCAAGCAGCUCUCGACCAACGGCCACCAGCUCAUUGCCCACUUUUGGGCCUGCGAGAUCCGCAUGCUCCGCGCCGCUGCCUCGUCGUUCUACGACAUGGCACUCGUGACCUCGCGCGUGCUCUUGGAAUUUGACGGGCUUGACGAAUAGAAAGCUGCCACAAUCUUCAUUCGUGUGUGUCUUGUGUGCUAGCUCCUGCCACGCUGUAUCGACUUGCUGCAAAUUGGAGACGCUACCUGUCCUCGGCAACGCGAGACGCUCGAGCGUACAGCCGCAACGCUAGCACGCGCUGCAGUACUCUGCGUAUUGACUAACGAACGCAAAUCUCCCGGUUAAUCUGGUC